GCAAUCCUCAAACUAACACAAACUCACAAACAGUUCAAACCAAAAUAGUCGAAACUAUAUCUCACCUUCUCUUUCAACCGUGUUCUUCGGCAACCGAAUACAGCUUACAAAUUAUUUUCUUACCUUUCGUUUCCUUUUUUCGAGUUUGCUGUCCUGGGUUCGGUCAGAAUUACGACCUUCGAGGGGGUGGCAUUUGCAAUCACUUGUUGUUUGGACCCUCUGGAAGGCGGUUGGCUGCCCUUAAACUAAGUGAAAGUAGUGUUUAAAAGUUUUCGAAACAAAACUGAAUAUGGUUGGCCAAAUGAAGCAUGCUGCUACAGUGAUUUACCGAGCUUUGGGAUUCGUUUACGGUCUAGCAGGCCUGGUUGGCUGUGUACUUUUGUUGGUGUUCAAGAAUGACCUAAGUGCAGACGCAGAAAAACGUGACGUUAUUCUGAAGCUUGCUUGUUUGGGAUUGUUUUUCUUCAUUGUUCUUAUCCUUGGAUUACUUUUACGUAACGAAAAACUCAUAAAAGCUCACUUGAUGUUCAUUGAUGGAAUGUGUUUACUAUUUAUGGUCCUUAUUAUUUGGGCCGGCUAUUCGAGCAGCGAAAAAAUCCGUAUCAAAGUAGAGGAAACAAAGUUCCUUUCUUUAUCAGAAAAGAUCGCUCAGCAAAAUGAAGCAAUUCAAAACAUCGUAAGAAGGAUUCUCAAGAGCUUGAUUUACAUUGUCGCAACAUAUGCCGUUGGAAGAUUCCUUCUUGUAGGUGUCAUUAAAUCUAUCAAAAAUGCUGAUCAGCAGCAGGUGAAUGCCGUAGCUUGCAAUGUUUAACAGAGAUGAUUUGGGAUUAUGUUUCAAGUAAAGGUGGAAAAGAAUCAUUUACUUUUAUUGUGAUACAAAAACUUUCAAAUAAAAGAUAAUUU